AUUCAAUGUCAUGGUCAUUUAUAUUUUCAGAUAGUUUUUGGUUCGUCGAACGUGAAUAAUGGGUGGAUCGGAAAGUAAAGGCACGGAUUUAAAGCAUGAACUGCUUUUUAGUGAAGAGGAAAGGGCAAAAGUUAAUUUUAUGUUCUGCAGUAUAUCGCAUGGAAAGAAAUCUUUUAAUAAAGAAAAUCUCCAGGUAGGCCUAAAGCCUAAAGCCCUAUGACUACUAAGUCUAAUAAAUAAAAUAGUAGUAUUUAGUAUAGUUAUAAUUAUAGUAUAGUUAUAGUAUAGCCUGACAACUCACUAACUAAGACUCACUAAAUUGACUAAAUUUUAACACUUCGAGUCCUAUGACUGUCUACAAACGACGUCGUUGGCGGACAUGAUGAGUUCACUCAAACUCAUUAUGUCACAACUCCUAUCAAACCACAGUCAGACAUCGCUAUUUACUUAAUUGGCCUUAUACUUAUACUAUACACUUUAUUAGGCUGUGGCUAUUCCGAACCAGUGAGAGGUUGGGUUUAUUAAAAAAUAUUUAAAAUAUUAUUGUUGGGUUUGUAAGAUAAAGUUUUGAAUGGAAUGAAAGAUAAUUGAAUGGACUAUGACUAUAUGUUUGUAAACCUAAUUCUUCAGUUUAACUAAAAUAAACUAGCACAAAUGACAUCCGAAUAGCAUUUAGUCUAAUGACUAACCAGAUCACUAAUGGGACUCGGGUCCGAAUAGCAGCGAUGCUUGCCUGGUUCUAUUUUGAGUUCAUUGGCUAAAAUUUACCCCCCAAAAAAACCCAAUAACAAUGUUACAUGACAAAGAUUUGUCUUGAAUUUGAACAAGUAGACACUGAUAGUAGUAAGUAGUGGUCCCUGGUCGUCUUGACGUAGAGUCUUGCCACUGGAUAUGGUGGGCCCGGGCGAGAGAGUGAGGUUGACGCCGCCCAACUCUUCCUCACUUUAAACAAAAGUCACCCGCGCAAUUCAUCAGUCACUGGACGACUCGAUGGUCCUCGUCGAUCCUCGACGAACAACAUCAAAUAGUAGAAUAAUACUAGUAAUACUACUAAUACUGUCAAUGUCAAAUAGUCAUAAUGAUUUUCUAUAUUAUUAUUAUUACUACAAGACUAGACCCAAAUGAAUCUAAUGUUUUAAUAUUAAAAUUAUAAUUUAUAGUAUAGACUACUAUAAUAUUGCAGUCAUAGUGGCCUACUAUAAGACUUAAGAAGUUAAGUUUAUAUCCUAAUAGGGUAUAGGAGCUUAGGUUCGAUGAAUGGAAUUGACAGAGUUAGAAAACUCUUCAACAUACAAGAAAGCCAUAACUUAACUUUGAAAUGCUCUCUCUCCAAACAUGAUAAAAAUGGCAAGGCACAUGGUAAAUGCUUAUUCACUAAGUCGGACCCGCUCAAUCCAGUUUUGAACAGCUUGGUCUAUAAAUUAAAUAGACCUAUACUAUAAUUUAUAAUAAUAAUGACAUUAGUAGCUUACAGUAGGCCUGAUAAAUAGUUGACAAUAAAUGUCAUUAAAAUGAAUAAUAAACUUAAAUUUAAUUACAAAUUCAGCCCCACUGACUGUCAUGGGCACAAAUUCAAAUCAUUAUUGUGAGUGUCAUUACAGUGACCAGUCAAAAAUAUGUAUUAGCCCAAAAGUUUUGUCUAAAAGUUUUUAGAAAUUAGAAUGCAUGAAAAUGUUUUUGAACUGUUUCCCUUUGUUUUUUUAGAAAUAAUUUUAAUUCUUUAUUAAAUAGGCAAACAAUGGUUAUUUUCAACUUGAUUUAUGUAUAAAUAAAUACAUUGUCAUUGUCAUGGCAGCAUCCAGCUUUAAAUGUAAACAAUGUGUUGCAAAAAUAGGAGAUAAGACAGUUUCAGGUGUAAAUUAUGUGUUGCAAAAAUUGAGAGAUAUUAAUUUAUUUUGGUUUCAGGAUUUCCUAAAUUUACUAUGUCUCAAGAUUUUGCUUACAUAACAUAAUGUAGAUGGAACCAUAACCUCUUUAUUAGUAUAUAGAGAAUGUUCCACUGACAGAUAUUUGGUGGGCAUUCAUGAUUUGUAAAAAGGGUAACAGAAGUCAGAAAUAGGAGGAUCUCAGAGUUGCGUGCAUUAAAAAAGGAUUGUCAUUGAUUAAGCCCAAGAAGUCCCAAAUUAUUCUUAAUAACUUGGGGCCAGAUUAAACUUUUGCAAAUAAUCACUUUGAAAUUAUUAUUUGCAGUCUGUCUUUGUAUGUUUAAAUGCUUAACAAUUCUGAUUACACAGUCAUAGUAGUACUUUAAAAAUAAAAUUUGAACCAAGAGAGAUAAAUGAAAUUAUGUGCAUAUUAUCAGUGUACAUUUUUACACUGGCAUACAAUGCAUAUUUACAUGAACAUUAUUUAAGUCUUGCACCUUUAGCUAUUGCGCUUAAGAAUUCAUCUCACUCAUGACAAAUCACUUUACACAGCAAAAUGAUUAAAAACAAAUCAUAAGUGAUCACCUCGUAUUCCCAAUCAUAUUCUGUUAAUGUUUACUUACAACAAUUUUUUAUCACCAUCACUAUUUAAUCACAAAUAAGAGUGCAGUCAAUGUGGUUUUAACCUUUGUGUUUUUUAUUAAUUAAGUAAAAAAAAAUAAUUGUUUGAAACAAAAUCCCUUGUUAUUAUCCAUGUCCUACAAAGUGAAUGAACAUAAAUAUCUAUUAUCAUCUUUACCUUUGUUUGAAGUACUGGUAGUUAAAAUUUAAUAUCUUAAAAUUCCAAAUUGUAAAGACAAUAAUAUGUCAUAAUAACUCCAUUUAAAGUUCCUAUCUACAGAAGGAAAUAAUUUGAAUAAGUAACCUGGCUCAAAUAUUUUUAUGCUUUUUUGUAUGUGUUUCCUAGCACUUCAUGAAUCCUGUCUUAGAUCAAUAUACUAGUGGCCGUUUGUUUGAUUUGAUUGAUGGGCCUCUACCAAACCAACAUCAUCGGCAUACCCACCACAACCAUUCACAAGAAGUACAGCUUCAACAUUUUGCUUCCCACCUUGGACGACUGCUUAAAGGCAACACUUCAGAUCUAGCUCGCACGUGUGUUUUCUUGGCUUCUACUUCUCCAGAUGUGGUGUCUGCUCAAGAUUUAGUUAAGGUUGAGAUGUUAUGAAAUUACUUUGUUUUUAAUGAAUGAAUAUUUUUUAUUAAAAGAAGCACUACAGUGAAACCUGGAAAAAACGAAUUUUAAGAUAUUGGCGCCCCUGUCAUGUGAGCUGACUCACCCUGGCAUAGAACGAACAAUUUUGCUGAGCCUGCCAUUAGCAGCACCCCUUCUAAUUGCACCAUGUUUUCUUUGGUACCAAAGGAGUGAGUUACUUCAGGUUUCACUGUGCUACAAUAGACUUUUAAUGAGGUUCUAUUAUCUCUCAUAAAUUUGAUUAGUUUAAGCUUUAGGGUGUAUGUUACACCUCCAUAAAAAGGGAUCACUCCACAUUUACACACACAAAAUAUUUCAUUCUGUUCAAAUUUUAAUUUCAGCUCUGUUGUUUUAAAUAUUCUGUUAUUAGUUUUAAUGACAAUAUAUCUAAGAUGAUUUCAUACAAAUCUUAUUCAAAACCUUAAAUAAAUGCAACAUGGAGAGACAACGUAUAUUAUGUCAUUGCCUGCAAUUUUGAAUGGUCAAGACUGUGUAAAACUUUCAGAACUAGACUUUAUCAACAAAGCAUUUUAUAUAAAAUAAGAAACUUUUUAUUUAUUUAUUUUUUUGCCUCUUAAAAAAAUCCAGUGAGGUGUAGUUUUUAAAAUUAUUUAAAGGAUUUUUUUUUUUUUUUCAUUCUUCGCCAGUUUGUAACCAACAUUCUUCACAGCUAUGAGAAACUGUUAACAGCACAUUGUACAGCUUACCAAAGUUGGAUAUUUGCUCCUGCCGGAGACUCUCAUGAUCGAUUGGCUAUUUCUUUGUUGAGCAAUCUUUUAAACACAGGUGGGAAUAACUCAUUUGAUUUUUUUACAAUUAUUUUUAAUGUUCCGAAUUUUGAAUAUUACAACAUGUACUAAAAUAUUUACUGUGCACUCAUCCCAUACAGAAACACAUAAAAUCUAUCAAAUUUAUACCAAACUUUUUUUGAAUUGUUAUGGUUGAAGGGUGUUUACAAUUUAUUUAAUAAGGAUUUUUUAAAGAAAAAAUGUGAUUAAAAUAUGUUUAAAUUGUUUUAUUUUACUUGGAUAAAUUAAUUAUGUUGUACUUGGAUAAAUAAAAAAAAUUAUAUAAGUUGGGUAUAGAUAGAUUAGUUUUAUUUUAGCUGAAAAUUUAGUUUUAUAAAUAAAUUGUUGUUUCACUUGCAUAAAUUAAUUGUUAUAUCUUAGAUGGAUAAAUUAAUUAUUUUGUCUUACUUAAUAGUUAGUAUACUUAGUUCGAUAAAUUAAUUGUUGUGUUUUAGGUAAUGCCAAGGUAAACAACUCUAGUUUGCCUGUGCUUGAUGAAAAACUGUCGGUAAAAGUAGAAGAUGUUGAUGAAUGGUUGUCAGAGUGCUCACUGUUUACACAGGUCCUCAAGCAAGUCUUUCAUGGAGCAUUCCAAUUUUAUGUAUGUCUUAGCUUUUUACCAACAAUUUUUUUUUUAAGUUGAACAAUUGAAAUUUUUUAACAGGCUAAAUAAUACUAUAAAAAAAGUCAUUUUACUUGAUUUUGGAGAUGCAGAAUAAAUAUUGAAACUGAAAAUUCUGACCUGCUAAAGAAAUAUCAAUAGGCUGCUAAAUAGAAAGGACUCACCAAAUAUUUUUUUUACUUGGUUUAGUAGGAAAUGAGGCUUUCAGCUCUUCAAUCAAAUAUAAUAGUGAGUUAACUUUUGGCAAUGAGAAACCUGUACAAUUUUUGAGAGCUCAGAUUCUGCCAGAAUUCUCUUAAACUGAAAAUUUCAUCAGAUUGCAACUAUUUUUUUAUUUUUUUUAAACAUUGGCCUUUCAGAUUUUGAAAUGGUAAUCUUGAGUAAAGUUAUUACAAAUGUGCCCAAAAUACAAUGCUUAUAAUUUCAAGGUAACCUACUUUAUAACUGAUAAUAAUUCCAUUUGGUCACUACUCUUAUUUCAGCAAAUUAAUUAACAAUUUUUGAAUGAUCACUAAACUAUAAGGGGAACACAAUUUCUGUUCCCCUGUAGAAAUCAUUAAGAAAGACUUUAAUGAAACUGCUUCUCCUUAUUUUUCUCUUCAGCAACAAGAACCUCAACAGAUAACGUUCCUACCUCGUGUGCCACAAGUUAGAGACACCAACUGGUCCAGGUUCAAGACCAUCCUUGACUUCCCAACAGUUCUGUUUCUUAACUCUGCACUUUACCCUGACCUGCAGACACAGUGGAAACUUAUCUUCAGCAAUAACCUCCAUGGAUGUAGCUUCUCUCAACUUCUUCAGCACUUGCGAAAUAAAGGCCCCUCAUAUCUCAUCAUCAGAGACAAAGAUGGACAUGUCUUCGGUGGUUUCGCUGCCAUAUCUUGGGAAAUCAACCCAAAAUUUACAGGUAACUUUUAAAGGGAGCAUUUAGGUAUGGAUUUAAUUUUUACUCUGAAACCGGCCAGAGCUUAUGCCUAUGCUUUUCUGCCAUACCUCUGAAGGUGGCUUGUUGCUUAUUGGAGCUACAGCUUUAAACAUGCCCUGGGAAACCUAAUGGAGUAGGAAAAAGUUAAACUAACAACAACAACCAUGAUCCUUGAUAAAAGGUUGUGGGUGUCAUCUUUCUCUCAUUGUAUAUUUUUGGAUACAAAAUUAACCCUAUAACUAUCAUAACGGCUUAUGAUCGACUGUUCUACCCCUUUCUGUAAUGUCAUUAAAAUGAUGAUUAAAAAUGUGAUUAAUUUAAUGUAUAUUGGUUAAGGGGAAAUCACUCUAUAUAAUGAGUUUGUUUCCUAGUUUCGUUGCUAUCUGUGUGUUAAUAUGCAUUUAUUUAUCAGGGAUUUCUUGUGUGAUUAAUUGGGUGUGAAAUGUUCUCAAUUUUGUUUACCGCCAUGUCUGAUGCUGGAGAAGGUCCCUCUCUAGAUUGCAAAAUGGACAGUGAAUUUCUUUAAUUGAAUUAUUUCAAAUAUAUUAAAAUGAAAGCAACAAUUUCAGAGAUAUUCUACAGUUAUAUUUACAGUAUUAGCUUUAGUGGUGAUGGUGACAUAAACAGUCAGAUAUCGAAAAUUUUAUCCCUAUGCUUAGUCGUAUUGUUACAGACAAAUUAGUUUAGAAAAGAGUGGAAAUUACACAGAAAAAGACAAAGAUUGGAUCUCAGAGAUCCCUAAAGAGAUUUAAAGACAUUUAUGUUUGUGUAUGCUCUGGAGUAUUAGUUAAUAAAAAAUUGAUUUAAUAACUUCAUUGAAACAGAAUUUUUUUAACACAUUUCGUGCCUUUCCCCUUUUAUGACAGAUAUUUGAAGGUAGUGAAUGAAAAAAAUUCACCAAUAUUACAAUUUUUAUUAUAAGUAACUUGCCAUUUUCUGAAAGAAUAUUGCGUCUAGUAUCUCAAAAACAUAUAUUUAUGAUAGUUAAGACAAUUUAUGGAGUUCUAGGUUAGGUUGAAUUUGGAAGUUGAGUAGUAAAAUUUUAAUCACUCUAUAAAUUUCAAGUUCAAUAUCAACAUAAAACAAAUUCUUUUCAUACCAUAAGAUAUCUUGUCCAAUGUACUUUUAGAAAAUUUAUACUAGAAAGGGUUUCUGAUUUCAUUUAGUCUGAGAUUUUGUCAUUUUUGACAAGUACAUUAAAAUGUUAAAAUGGCUAGACGCUACAGAAAAAUGCACUUGACAUUUAUAGAGUUAAAAAACUAAUUAACCUUUUAAAAUCGGCAUCCAACUUUGAAAAUCCCCACCCCGCUAGACCAAUAUAUUUCGGUUUCCCAUUCUGUACUCUAGAUCGACAGUCAUAUAAAAAUGUGUUGAAAAUACUGUUCAGCACUUACUGGGUGAUUAGUGAAAGGUCACUGUAAUGACUGCGCCCAUGGAUAAAUUGUCUAUUGUAAUGUAUUCGAUGUAUAGAGGGGACAAAUAGGUAAAAAAUUCCUAAUGUAAAGGAAUAAAACCAGAGCAAAUUGAUGAUAAAGUAAAUAAUUCAAAGGAUUAUUAUCCUGUUGAGAAAAAGCUUUACAAUAAAGCAAAUAGACAAUGGUUGUGACGAUCAAUUGACUUCCUAUGGCUAGUGAUGAAAUUGGUGUCCUAAUUUUUAUGAAAAUCAGGGGUGUGAAAGUGGACUUCUAAAAUGCUAUUCUACACUGAUUCUUAGACAACAUUCUCUGUGUUAUAUGUUUUAGAAUAGUAGUUUAGGACCAAGAGUCCAGGGGCAUGGGUAUUUUAGGACCAGGAGCCAAGGGUUCAAAAAGUUGACUAAUUUCUCUCCACUUACCAUUUUGUAAAAAAAACAAACAUUUUAUGAUAAGUCAUUGGAUUAAGACUUCCUGACAAAAAUCAGGACACUACUUGAACCCAGAAUAAUCUUUGUCAAGUAAUAAUUUAUGUCAUGGAAAAUAGUUAUUUUGAACCCUGCCAUUGUUUGACUCCUUAAUGACCUGUACGUUUAAUGCCCAAUAUUUCCAAAGAAGCAGCACCUUGUAUUGGUAUCAUUAUACAUAUAUUAAGUUUGAAGGAUACAAUAAGCAUAAUAAAUGAGCCUAACAGCCUUAAUAUAUAUAAUAAAGCCAAUACAAGGUCCUGCUUCUUUGGAAGUAUUGUGCAUUAUUUUUAUGGGUAGGGAUUUUGGGGUUAAAAUAAGGCUCACACAGUAAAAGUAAUUCUUAAGUAUCAUUACUGGUAGCUAAGACUACAAAAUGUAAGAUUAGGAAAAAUGGCCAUGACUCCAGCAUAGAGACCGACCGAAAGUGAUUUUCUGAUUUCGGCUGAAGCUUAAAGCUUCUUAAAGAUCACUUAGAUUGUUGUUAAAGAUCAUUUAGUUUGUUCUUAAAGAUCGCUUAGUUUGUUGUUAAAGAUCGUUCAGUUUUUUGUUAAUGAUCGCUUUAUUUGUUCUUAAAGAUCAGUUAGUUUGUUCAUAAAGUUUGCCUGGUUUGUUGUUAAAGAUCGUUAAGUUUGUUGUUAAUGAUCGGUUAGUUUGUUCUUAAAGAUGGGUUAGUCUGUUUAAUCUUUAAGAUCGCUUUAUUUGUUGUUAAAGAUCGUUAGUUUGUUCAUAAAGAUCGCCUGGUUUGUUGUUAAAGAUCGUGCAGUUUUUUUGUUAAUGAUCGCUUUAUUUUUUCUUUAAAAUCGGUUAGUUUGUUCUUAAAGAUCACUUUGUUUGUUGUUAAAGAUCGUUCAGUUUUUGUUAAUGAUCGCUUUAUUUGUUCUUAAAGAUCGGUUAGUCUGUUCAUAGAGAUCGCUUAGUUUGUUGUUAAAAAUCGUUUAUUUUGUUUUUUAAGAUCACUAAGUUUUUUCUUAAAGAUCACUAAGUUUUUUCUUAAAGAUCACUUAGUUUGUGUUUUUAAACAAUCGUUUAGUUUGUUCAUAAAAAUCGCUUAAGGUGUUCUUAUAGAUCAUUAAGUUUGUUCUUAAAGAUUAUUUAUUUUGUUUUUAUAGAUCUUUUAGUUUGUUAUUAAGAAUCGUUUAGUUGUUCUUAAAGAUCGUUUAAUUGUUGUUGAAGAUCGCUUAGUUUUUUCAUAAAGAUCGUUUAGUUUGUUCUUAAAGUUAAUUGAUUUUUGUUCCUUAAGAUCAAUUAGUUUGUUCUUAAAGAUCAAUAGUUUUUUUCUUUAGGAUCAUUUAUUUUGUUCUUAAAGACCUUUUGCUUGUUCCUAAAGAACAUUUAGUUUUCUGUUAAAGAUCGCUUAGUUUAUUCUCAUAAAUAAUUAAUUUUUCUAUUAAAGAUCAUUUCUUUUGUUCUUAAAAAUCAUUUAGUUCGUUCUUAAAAAUCGUUUAGUUUGUUCUUUUAGAUCGUUUAGUUUGUUAUUAAAGAUCACUUAGAUUGUUCUUAAAGAUUGCUUAGUUUGUUUUAAAGAUCGUUUAGUUUGUUCUUAAAUGUUGCUAAGUUUGUUGUUAAAUAUCGUUUGAUUUGUUCUCAAAGAUCGCUUAAUUUGUUCUUAAAGAUCGCUUUAUUUGUUUUUAAAGAUGGCUUUAUUUAUUUUUAAAGAUCGUUUAGUUUGUUCUUAAAGACUGCUUAAUUUGUUCUUAAGGAUCGUUUAGUUUGUUAUUAAAUGUAGCUUAGUUUGUUGUUAAAUAUCGCCUUCGCUGAGUAUUGGAUGACCGAAAACCUCAGUCACUUUCGGCCGGAUGGCCAAAAGUCUAAGUCAAUUUCGGCCGAAACCGAAAAAAAAGAAAUUUAUCUUUUGUCUUUCGGCCGAAACCGAAAUUGAGCCGAAAGUUAACUUUUCAGUUUCGGCGAUACCGAAACUUCGCCGAAAGUGAUAAAAUGGCCACUUUCGGGGCCGAAACCGAAGCCCAAAAUCGGUCGUCUCUACUCCAGCAUAUUUAUUUCAGGGAACACAUCCUGUUUCUUGUUUAAAGUCAAGCCCAACUUUAGCAUUUACACGGCAACAGGAUAUAAUGUAAACUUUAUGUACUUGAAUCACCAAGUACAAACACUCCCUAAUGGUCUGGUAAGUAUGUCUGAAUUUAACCGCCUAUAUAAAUUCACAUAAGAAAUUUGGAAAAUGUUACCCUGCUCAGUAAAAAUGAGUAAUUUGAUUUUUUUUUUUGCAUUGCGUUACGCUCUAAGAGACCAGGUAAAUGAAUUUGUAACAUUGUUUUACGUCUUUGUCUUUUCUAUAAAUUUUUCAAUUUUAAUUUGUACAAAUUUAUAUAUAUUUAUUAACAUUGUGUCAGGAAAAAUGGGAACCCAUUAGAUAAUGUUUGAAGAGCGUGUCUUCAAUGAAGCCUGUGUUGAAACUAAUGGUGGACACUUCAAACAUAAACUGUGACAGUUUCAAAAAUUUAACAUUAUGUUACAAUUAAAAUGAGUUUUAGAAUUUAAAAUAAUUGAUAAAUAUUUACUAUUUUCGUCAUAAAAAGGGUUCCAUUUUUUUCCGGAAACAGUGUAUUGAAUGAUUACCUUGUUUGCUAAUAAAUUAAAAUUACAAUUGGUGGUAUUAUUUAUUUAUGUAUUUACAUACACACAUAUACACAUAUAUAUUUAUAUUUUUAUUAUUUAGAUAGAACCAGCAGUCUUGUAAGCCAAGUAGUAUGUUUAAAAAUUCUGUUAUGUCCAUCCAUUAGGGCAUGGGUGGCCAGUUUGAAUAUUUUGGGUUCUGGAUUGACCAGUCCUUUGACAAGGGACACAGCAAGGCAGGCUCCAGGGGGAAUACAACUUAUGGUAGUCCCCAACUGUCGGCACAGGUGGAAUUUGAGGUGGACUGUAUGGAAGCUUGGGCAGUUGGGAGGGUAGAACGCAAAGAGGGAGAGGAGGAAGACGAUGACGAUGACACUGCUGAUGGAGCUAAGGUAUGUGCAUCAAUUUAUAUAAUCUCUCUAGUUGUGAUUCUAUUUACUUCUUAACCUACAGAAUUCAGACAUUUAGAAAUGCUCUGUUAUAUUUUACUUUAAUUCCAUUGCUUUAAUGUAUUCCUCUUAUUGAGCUAGUCAUGGUUCAGGCCAAAGAUAUAUUCUCAAGAGAAUUGACAGCUUUUAUAUGGAACCAAACUUGAUUUUUUUUUUUUUUAUACACUUUAUCUGUUUAUAGUAGUUUGAGUAUGCAGCACAAUUUAAAAUAGAAAAAUCUCCCACUCCUUAGAACAAUAAGAGAUGCUUUGAUAAAAAACCAGUUUGUAAAUUUUUUGCUUGUGUAAAAUUUGUGUGCAUUAUAUUUAUCUUAUAUAGGGAGGACAGAAACCGAAAAGUAUACUUGACAAGCUUGCCUCCGAAGACAAGGCAAUAUUAGAUAUGGUUGACAGAGGGACUAAGCAUGACGCUCUUCGAGAAGAACCUUUUGUACAGGAAACCAAAGCUCACAACACUAUCAUAUCUCCUUUUUAGCAAUGAUGUUACUCGGAGGAAAAACUAUUAUGAGACAAUUCUGACCGAACGAUCAUUUGUUUAUUUCAAACUGACUGCAGCCAAAAAUAAGAGAAGCUAGGUGCUAUAACUACAUUCAUCCUAACCUCUGCCAGUUUUGCCAGCGUGGUUGUUGCAUUGCUUCUGGGUAGCAGAGGUGUAAAAAAGUUUUAAUGAUGUCCAAAUAUGGCAAUUAUAUAACGCUGCCUUUUUUAAAGUCAUUGUACAUCUACUAACAUGACAUCAUGAAUUCACACUAGGAAUUCCCAAGUACAUCAUCUGGAUGGUAAAAAAAAAAAAAUCUGGACUGUUGUAAACUCAAAGUGUGCCAGGUGUUCUGAAUCUUUAAAAAGUGAUGCCAAAAUCAAUUAUGUUAAUGCUAUGCUAGAUAUUUUCUGUCUAAAUUGAAAUGAGUAUUACAAUUUUAUUAUGGUGACAAUAGUAUAAUAGAAACAGAAGAUUUGUUGUGUUGAUAAUGCUAGAAAGUGCAUACAAUUUAAAUUACUGUUUAUAUUCUUUCAAAAUACAUUUAUUUUUUUUGUUGUUAUUGUUAAAAUAUUUCAGGAAAAAAAGUGGGGUGUUUGGUUUAUGAGUAGAUCAUUGAAGAUUUUUAAGAUUUUCUCCAGGUGCAUUUAUUUUGUUAUAGAAAACAAUAAAGAAAUAAAAUUAGGAACAGAAGUCAACAUAAAGCUGUGUUCUCAUUUUGCGACUGCCUUAGUACCAAGUACCUACAUUGAAAAAUGAAAUAAUUAUUUUAGAUCAUCAGGUUCCUAUUUUUAAAACUGUAAAGUAUGGUUAUCGUAAAACCUGCAGACAAGC